AUGCUUUCUACUCGGUCUACUGUAAUCAACCCCAUAGAUUCGGGCGUAGUUCCCACCAUCUACUCCGAACUUCGUUUUGCAGAGUAUUUCCAACUUGCCAUUGUGACUGUUCUCCUAUACGACACAAUCACUACUUUAGACAAAGAAAUCAAAUUCUUCUGGAAUCGCUACAUUGGUAUAUUCUCGGCCAUUGCCUAUCUCUGGUACAACACGUAUCACGUAACGAGGAGACUAUGUCAGCGGUUCAGUAAUCCCCUUCACCCAAUACCAGGCUCGUUCACUCUAUUAACUGCUGUUGCAUCAAACUGGAUUACAAUAAAUAUGAUAGAUUACAUACUGUUAAUGAGAGUCCUGGCUCUAUUCGCACAAGGUAGAUACCAUUCUUUCGCUUUAGGGUUACUCACUAAAAAAGCGACUAUUCUACUUCGAACUCUUUUCGGCAUUGAGGCAGCUGCAAUGUUCGCCAUUCUCUCUUACGUGCAGAUAUUCAACGGAAGGGAAUUCCACUAUUCUUCGAGCUAUUCCUCAUGA